GGCGUCAUGGUGGGUAUGGGUCAGAAGGACUCCUACGUGGGCGACGAGGCGCAGAGCAAGCGAGGUAUCCUGACCCUCAAGUACCCCAUCGAGCACGGCAUCAUCACCAACUGGGACGACAUGGAGAAGAUCUGGCACCACACCUUCUACAACGAGCUGCGCGUGGCCCCCGAGGAGCACCCGACCCUGCUCACAGAGGCCCCCCUGAACCCCAAAGCUAACCGGGAGAAGAUGACCCAAAUCAUGUUUGAGACCUUCAACGUGCCUGCCAUGUACGUGGCCAUCCAGGCCGUGCUGUCGCUCUACGCCUCCGGCCGUACCACCGGCAUCGUGCUGGAUUCUGGGGACGGUGUCACCCACAACGUGCCCAUCUAUGAGGGUUACGCCCUGCCGCACGCCAUCAUGCGUCUGGACCUGGCUGGUCGCGACCUCACCGACUACCUGAUGAAGAUCCUCACGGAGCGUGGCUAUUCCUUCGUGACCACAGCCGAGCGGGAGAUCGUGCGCGACAUCAAAGAGAAGCUGUGCUACGUGGCCCUGGACUUCGAGAACGAAAUGGCCACCGCGGCCUCGUCCUCCUCGCUGGAGAAGAGCUACGAGCUGCCCGACGGGCAGGUCAUCACCAUCGGCAACGAGCGCUUCCGCUGCCCGGAGACGCUCUUCCAGCCCUCCUUCAUCGGCAUGGAGUCCGCGGGGAUCCACGAGACCACCUACAACAGCAUCAUGAAGUGCGACAUCGACAUCCGGAAGGACCUGUACGCCAACAACGUCAUGUCGGGGGGCACCACCAUGUACCCCGGGAUCGCCGACCGCAUGCAGAAGGAGAUCACGGCCCUGGCGCCCAGCACCAUGAAGAUCAAGAUCAUCGCUCCCCCGGAGCGCAAGUACUCCGUGUGGAUCGGCGGCUCCAUCCUGGCCUCGCUGUCCACCUUCCAGCAGAUGUGGAUCACCAAGCAGGAGUACGACGAGGCUGGCCCCUCCAUCGUGCACCGCAAAUGCUUCUAGGCGCCGCGGCGGGCGCCUGCGCUCUCUCCUCAGGACGACAGCCGUGCCGAGGUUGCGGGGUGUGGCCCCGGCCGCC